UGCAGAAUCUCAUCCUCUGCUACACCUGCCCUGGGGCCUGCCGAGACCCCUGCCCGCUCGCAGCUGGGCAGUGGGAGGCAGCGCUGCUCCUGCCUGGGCUCGCUUUGCUCUGGUUCCACCCGAGGCCGGCUUGCCUCAGGGCAUGUCCAACCUUGGCACUGAAUUUCACCUUCCCUGCGGCCGCAGUGUUGGGAGGGUCCUGCAGCACAUGCUGCAGCUUGAGGAUUUGGAGGUUUUGUGUCUGGCAAUGGGCUUGCGAUGCAGCUUGGCCCUCCUGCAGCAAGCCCGGGCUUGCAGUGUGUCCUGGGUGCCGGGCAGGAGGGGCCGGGCACCUGCGGGGACGGCACUGGGGUGUGCAUAUGGUGCUUGGAUGUAUUGAUAAGGCAAGGCCUCUGGUAUUUCAAGUUUACAUAACUUUUAGCCCUGGUGCCAUGAGCGGGGUUGUCUGGUUCGUACUUGCUGGUGUCAGAGACUGAAAAGAUUGGGAAGUGUUGCUGUCGUGUCUGAAGGUAUGGUGUCGCAAGCCAAGGUUGCUCCAACCUUGGCAGUGGGGGAACUUUGUGAAGGAGGAAACUUGUCAGAAAGCCUGAGCGGAGCCAGGGAAGUGCUGAGUCCAGAGAUUUGGUUCACAUGGUCACCAUUGCCCCAGGGGCACGUGCAGCUCCCACUGAGGAGGCAGCAGCAGCUCUGGGAGGAACCGUGCAUGGUUGAGGACAGUGCUAGUCUGAAGGCAUGCUUUGUCCCUGGGUGCUGGUAUGGGGCAGGCAGCCAUGCUGGGGACACUCUGGUGCCCAGUGACCUGACCCCAGAGGAGUGCCAGGAGCUGGAGAACAUCCGACGCCGCAAGCAGGAACUGCUGGCCGACAUACAGCGGCUGAAAGAUGAGAUAGCAGAAGUGACGAAUGAGAUUGAGAACCUGGGGUCCACGGAGGAGAGGAAAAACAUGCAGAGAAACAAGCAGGUGGCCAUGGGCCGGAAGAAGUUCAACAUGGAUCCCAAGAAGGGCAUCCAGUUCCUGAUCGAAAAUGACCUGCUGAAGAACACGUGCGAGGAUAUUGCUCAGUUCCUUUACAAGGGAGAGGGCCUCAACAAGACAGCCAUCGGUGACUACCUGGGUGAGAGGGAUGAGUUCAACAUCCAAGUCCUGCAUGCCUUUGUGGAGCUGCACGAGUUCACUGACCUUAACCUCGUGCAGGCCUUGCGGCAGUUCCUGUGGAGCUUCCGACUGCCUGGGGAGGCACAAAAGAUCGACCGGAUGAUGGAGGCCUUUGCCCAGCGAUACUGCCAGUGCAACCCUGGCGUCUUCCAGUCCACAGACACCUGCUACGUGCUCUCCUUCGCUAUCAUCAUGCUGAACACCAGUCUGCACAACCCCAAUGUCAAGGACAAACCCACGGCAGAGCGCUUCAUUGCCAUGAACCGUGGCAUCAACGAUGGGGGGGACCUACCUGAGGAGCUGCUUCGGAAUCUCUAUGAAAGCAUCAAGAAUGAGCCCUUCAAAAUCCCUGAGGAUGACGGCAAUGACCUCACCCACACCUUCUUCAACCCCGACCGGGAGGGCUGGCUCCUGAAGUUAGGAGGCAGGGUGAAGACGUGGAAGAGACGCUGGUUCAUUCUGACCGACAACUGCCUUUACUACUUUGAGUACACGACGGAUAAAGAGCCCCGUGGCAUCAUCCCCCUGGAGAACCUGAGCAUCCGUGAGGUGGAGGACUCGAAGAAGCCCAACUGCUUUGAGCUCUACAUCCCUGACAACAAGGACCAGGUGAUCAAGGCCUGCAAGACAGAGGCAGAUGGGCGCGUGGUGGAGGGGAACCACACAGUGUACCGCAUCUCUGCCCCCACGCCCGAGGAGAAGGAGGAGUGGAUAAAGUGCAUUAAGGCAGCAAUCAGCCGGGACCCUUUCUAUGAGAUGCUGGCCGCAAGGAAGAAGAAGGUCUCCUCCACUAAGAGACACUAGCAGCCACCAAUGGCCCUGCAAGGCUGGUAUGCCCUGGCAGCCGGAGCGUCCCCACUCCCCAGGGGGCUGCCGUGCUGCAGCCUGGCCCUCAGAGCACAGGACCCAGCUUCAGCUUCACAGUGUCUUUACUGAGGGGGCAUGGGCAUCUCCGUGGCUCUUUCCCCCCACCAUCACUGCCUCAUCUCCAGGACAGCAUCUUCACAGGUUUGAGCUGGGACACCAGCACCCCUGGGCGGAGGGAGCCCCAUCCUGCCCCAGGCUCCGCUGUGAGGUGGGAAGCGCCAUAUGUGCGCCAUCCUCGCCUCCUGCUCAGCAGCCAGAGCAGGGCUCCAUGGGCUCUCUGCUCUUGAUCCCACCAGCAAGCGUGCCUCUGAGAAGUGACACAUGCCUCUGGAUCCCCACAGCACCCAUCUCCUGAAGUACUUGGGAUGUCCCACUGGGAAGGGUGGUGGCUGGUGGUUAGCAGCUGGGGGUUUUGGGUUGCUGCAGGCACCAGGGUGAAGGGCAGCUGCCCCAGGGGAGCUGGGGGGCCCUGCGGAGGCAUGACUCCUGGCCCGCGUUGUAGUGGGCUUGGGUCUGUCCUGGGCUUCCCCACGCUGCUGCCUUGGACCCUCCCAGCUGUCCGCUGCACUAGAGAUGGUCCCCAUGGGCACCAGGAGGGCUGAGGGGCAGGUGGUUGUCACCAUCACAGUGUGCAGUGCUGCCACAGGGAGCACGUAUAUGUCUUUGCCAAGCCGUGAGGUGUUGGAGUGUGGGUGAGGGCCCCGUCUGGCGUGUGGCAUUGCCCCCCAGCACAUGCCUGCAGCAGUCCCCUCGGCAAGGGGCAGGGGAGGCUCUGCCAGGGGUGGCCGUGGUCUAGGGGUGGCCAUGGUCUCCUGAAGCACAAGCCAUUGCUCCAGAGCGGGUGGUGGGACAUGCCCAGGGCCUGCACCAGGGACAGCUGCUGUCAGGGGGUGGGGGGGUGGGGUCUGGCUGGGCCAGGGUCUGCAGCCCCCCUGCCUCUGCCUUGCAAACACCUGUGUCUUGUCCUGUUUCCCCAGCCACCAUGCAUGGUCUGGAGGGAGGCACCUGGAUCAGUAUUAGUCUAUUUAUCAGAGGUGUAAAUACUCCUGUAUAGUUUUCUCCUUUUAGAUUAUUUUGUAUGGCAGGUCGUUCUGUGCAGAGGCCUCUCCAGAGGGUGGGGGGGGUGGCAGGAUUUUUUAUUCUAACUUUUUUUUUUUUUUUUUUUUUUUUUUGCCAUGACCUUGUAAACUAGUGCUGAGGACCGGCAGCAAAUAAACGCUGAACUGCGCUCA